AUGAAAGCAUCACUUUUUGGUCCAUUCGAAAACCUUACGGAAGAUCCCGAUCUCUACAAGACCUUCCAGCCUCAAUUGGAGGCCUACAGAUCGAGGUUGCAGGAGGGGAUUCUUGAAGAGUUUAAACUACCAGAUAGUCUGGUUCCUGAUAAGUUUGGAUACGAUGUGACGCGUAUUGCCGAGAAAAUUAUGAGCGAUCGGGAAAUUGAGAUUACAGAGAUGUCAGCUAGCAAGCUAGUUGAGCUGCUCACCUCUGGAAACUUAACUUCGGUUGAGGCAACCAGGGCUUUUGCAAAGAGAGCAACCGCUGCUCAUCAGCUAGUUAAUUGCUGCAUGGAAAUGUUCAUAGAAGAGGGGUUGGAAAGAGCACAGUACCUUGACGAUUACUACAAGAAAACGGGUAAGCCAAUUGGGCCCCUUCAUGGUCUUCCAAUUUCAGUUAAGGAGCAGUUUCUUUACAAGGGAAAACGUUGCAAUGGAGCGUAUGUUGGAAUGAUUGAUAACUUUGUUGACGAAUGGGCAAUUCUACUCAAAAUUCUUUAUGAAUCAGGUGCAGUGUUCUAUGUGAGAACUACAGAGCCUCAAACCACCAUGCACCUUUGUUCUGGUAAUAACAUUACUGGUAUUUGCCGCAAUCCUCAUAACACCAAGCUUACCAGCGGUGGUUCAAGCUCUGGAGAAGGAGCAAUUACUGCUAUGAAAGGAUCAGCAAUUGGUGUUGCUGCAGAUAUUGGUGGUUCAAUACGUUCCCCAGCAGCGUUCUGUGGGGUUUGGGGAAUCAGACCAACUCAAAAGAGAUUGCCCUUGAAGGGAGUCUUCAGCGCAAAAGAGGGCAAGAAUGAAGGGGUGAUUUGUGUUAGUGGACCAAUUGCGCGAUCCCCUCAGGAUAUUGAGCUUUUUAUGAAAACAGUCAUUGAUAGUGAGCCAUGGAACAUUGAUGCCGAUUUGAUUCCGUUACCUUGGAGGGAACUUGAACCUCCAAGUGUUAAAACACUUAAAGUUGCAAUUUGCUAUGACGAUGGUGUUGUCGCCCCUACUCCACCAGUUCUCCGUGCUUUAAAGCAUGCGGCAGCCAAGUUAUCAAAGGCUGGAGCAGAGGUCAUUGAAUGGACGCCACUUAAUGUGGAAUCCCUCAUUGCCUGUUGUAACACUAUUUACAGUGCUGGAGAAAAUCAAGGCCUAAAGAAAGCACUAGCACUUUCGGGUGAGCCUGUUCUGGAAUUGUCCAAAGUUGCUAUGUCAUUCGGCUGUGGUGAUGAUCUGUUAACUGCGAACGACAUUUUUCAAUUGGCUGCCUACAGAGACAAGCAAAGAGACGUUUACUUGACUGCAAUGAAUCAGCUUGGUGUGGACUACAUACUAUGCCCCGCUUAUGUGAAUGUGGCUCCUGAACCUGAGACGUGUCAUUAUUGGGGCUAUACCGCUCUGUGGAACCUAUUAGACUUUCCCAACGUUGUAUUUCCUUCAGGACUAAAAUGUGAUCAACGUCUUGAUCCAAAGACUACUUACAAGGAGCGAAGCAGUAUUGAGGCGUAUGAGCAUGGCCUGUAUGACCCAAAAGUUUUUGAGGGUGCUCCUAUCGCACUACAAUUAACCGGUCGACGGUGGAAAGACGAGGAGCUGCUUCAGGCUGCUAAAGUUGUCUCUGACACCAUUUUUGAGUGA